UUUAGCAAUAUCAUCUCGUAAACAAUGACUACCCCCGGGUUAUUAUUUCAAUAGUAAUACAUACCCUUUAAUUUGAGUUAUCAAGUCACGCCUUUUGUUUUUUUCUCGUGCGCAUGUUAUUGAUCAGUUUUUAAACACCUCGUAGCCCGUACAGGGAAGUUGAACCCUUUCAUGAUCAUUAAUUGAAAACGAAAUUAAACAGUAAACAACAGCUCAAAGCUGUCGUUGUCAGACACUUCAGUCCCGCAAAUGACACGCGUAACAUGGACUACACACGCUAGUGUGUUUGAAGUCUGGGAAAAAUUUAAGGAAGAAGGCCCAAGUAUUACAUCUAAGACACUGGUAUUAUUCCUCGUUCUUCAAAGACUACCGACGGAGUGGACUUUGUAUUCUGUAGUAAACGAAUUAUGUUGGUUGAGCUACAUGUGGCUUACGAGGGCUCCAUCUCACAGCUGACCAUUAAUAAUAAAAUACUUCACUCAGGUGCCAAUUCAUCACAUCAUCUAAACCGCAAUAUGUAUGCAAAUGUGGAAUAUGCGCGACAGGCGCAGCAGAACAGUGGAAAAACAUUAAGACUGAACCAAACAGAUCCAUCUUGUCGGUUGCACUGUGCUGCGCCAACGAGACUUCAAAAGUAUGGCUACAAAGCAGUCUAUAAAACUAUAUGAAGUUGUAGCGGCAGUGGAGCAUGAGGUUAGCUGUCCGGUUUGUUUGGAGGAAUUUCAAGAGCCAAAAUGUUUGCCAAAUUGCGCUCACAAUGUUUGUCAGGAAUGUUUAGAGGAGAUGGCAUGUAAAAAUUCAACCAUGACAAGUAUUGAAUGUCCAGUUUGCCGAGUGGAGUCAUUCAUUCCAAACGCUGGUGUAUCAGCGUUUCCAAAGAACCAUCUGCUGGCUCGACUAAUUGAAAAAAAUCCCUCCAGAAAGGCCCAUGAUAAUGAAUUUAUCAAAGAAGCGUUAAAAAGAAGUAGGGAAAAUCUUGAAGGAUUAAAGAACGCAGUCCAGGAAAUGGAUGUCCGCCGAAACUCAAUAAAGAAACAAGCGGAAAAUGUGAAAAAGGAAAUCCAAAGUGCUGCAAAUCAUGUUAUUGACAUAAUUCGUGAUCAGGAACAGCAAUUACUUCUUGAAGUUGAUCAGUACAUGAAUAAUAAUUACCCGGAAACUACCUUCGACAAACAAAAGGAAAAACUGAAUAAUCUGCUAGCAAAGACCUCCAGUUGUGUUGAAAGCGUCCAAAAGAAGAAAGAAGGGGAUAAACGUGUUUUGAGACAGGCGCAGCACCUAGAAGAACUGGCUAAAGUUGCUGGUAUUCAAAUUCUUUCAGCAAGGCGAAAAUGUUUUCGAAAGUUUGAACUCACCUUUACUAAAAGCGACUUCUCUUUAAGUCCAGCGGAAUCCAUAUUAGGAAGUCUGACUGUGAAAAGCGGAGAGGCCGAUAGCGACAAGCAUUCGCUAGCUGGCCUCAACGAAAGUUUUAACGACGAAAAAGUCUUGAGACAUAUUGAUGGAGGUAGAAUUAAGGUCCCUAACUUCUUCCCGUUCGCGGUGACAGUGUCAAAGAAAUCCGGAGACAUAGCCGUAUUGGAUGCUGAAAACAAACGCGUACAUAUAUUUGAUCGCGAGGGAAAUCAUCUCACCCAAUUUCUUUUCAUUUUUGGUGACUUUUGGGACAUCACAUAUUCGCACAACGAUGAGAUUGUGGUUUUAAACAGGGAAAAUAAUUCACUGUUACAUUAUGAUCGAAGUGGAAAUCUGAAGCGCAAGUUCCCAACAACUCCCAUGCCUAAAGUAAAGUUCACUUUUCUGUCGCACGAUUCAUCUGGGCGUUUGUUCGUGACGUCAAGCCCGAGAUACCAAGAGCUCACCUCCGAAACGAAUUCCUGCGUUCUGGUUUAUAAUGCUAAUGGUAAGUUAGAAUCCGUGUUUGGUGAAGGAAAGUUGUCUUCCCCUAAAAAGGCGGUGCUCCUCAAUGGAGAAUUGUUUGUGCCUGACGCUGACAGCAAGAGUGUGAAAGUCUUUAGCAUCCAAGGAGAAUUUCGUCGAGAAAUUGGAAAGGGUAUGCUCGAAGAUCUCGCGGGUAUUGCAGUUGAUUCUGAGAAUGGUCGAAUCUUAGUUUGUGAUUGUGAAGGCUACGCAGUGCAUGUUUAUAGCAGAGAGGGAACAUUAAUAAGAACCAUUAGAACAGCCGCUCCACCGGUAGAAAUCGCGUUGUCUAAGGACGGAAAAAAACUAGUGGUUUGUUUUGACGGGGAUAAAGCAAAAUAUCUACAGAUUCUAUCGUACAGUAAGGAAGUGUUGCACACCUCUUGAACUGUAGGAACAACAUCGCCAUAGUAGCAAAGAAAAAUUGAUUCGCAAUUUUCAGUAACUUAUUAGUGAGAUAGUUGAAGUCGUAGGGUUUAAGAGAUGUUGCAGUCACACAAUCAGUUUUAGACCUUUUUUAAAUCAACAAUGAAAGGUCACCGAAAAGAUUUGAACUUAACAUUUCAUUCGUGAACAUAGCACUGGUCUGAAUAAUUGUAAUAAGAAAUAGUUAAAGCCAAAAGAAAGUCGGAGACAUAACUAAUAGAUAAAUGCAUAAAGAUAAAUUUAAAUGUAUAAGGGUAAACUGGUAUCAUCUACGAUUAAAGUAUUUCAAGCAAAA